AUGGCCCAAACUCUUGAGCAGCGCCGCCGAAACGCAAAGUUCGCCAAGGAGCAGGAGGCUCGCAUGGGCAAGUCAGACGACCAGAUCAAGAAGCGAACCAAGGAGACGCCCAAGUCUCCCAUCUCGCCCGUCUGGAUCGGCAUUCUCGGCUUCGUCGUCUUCGGCGGUCUGUUAUUCGAGGCCCUGUCCCGCAUGUUCGCAUAG